AUGCCACGCGUUUUUUUACCUCAAAUAUUAUGGCAUAGUAAAGAUAACAAAAGAAGUGAUCGAAUUUAUUCUGUUGAUAUACAACCAUAUCCCAACUAUUACAGUGUGAAAAAGUUAAGUAAGAAAUAUGAAUUAUUUAAAAAAUUCAUAAAAGACAAAGAGAAUAAAUGUGACACACAUUUUGUGAUACAAAAGGAAGAAGAAAAUAAAAAUGGUAAUAUUCCCUCAUUUUCCAUCCAUUUUAAUGGCUUAGUAAAAAAUGAGAACGAAAUAAAUCACUUAAUAAAUAAUAACAACAAUAACAAUCUGAUAAACCACCAUAAUCAUGAAAGUUUUGCCCGUAUUAGUGAGGAAAUUAGUGAUACCUUAGAAGACCCUAAUGAAAACAGUAGAACAAAGGAAAAUAAUACCCACAUUGAUCACAAUUCAGUGAAUAGCACAGCUAUUUAUAGAUCCCUCCAAGAAAAUAAUAUUCCAACAACCUUAAAAAAUGAGGAAGAAGGUGUAGAGAGUGAAAGUGAUGACGAAGAAGAGAAAAAAAGAAUGAAAGGGGAAAAAAAAAAAAGAGCCAUUAAGUUUAAUAUAGCUACAUGUGGUGCCGAUGAAUUUGUACACUUGUGGCGCAUAUACAUAAAGGAUGAUUUGAUAGUAAAAUGUCUAAGCAGAUUUAUUGGGCAUAACGGAGAAAUAAAUUGUGUGCGUUUUAAUAAAAAUGGUAGAUACAUAGCCAGUGGUGGGGAAGAUAAGUUUUUAUACAUUUGGGAAAAGAGCAAAAAACCAAAGAACAUACCAUUGGGAUAUGAUACAAGCUUUUUAGACUAUAAAGAAUGGUGGAAUAUAGUAGGAUCAUUUAGAUGCAGUGGAGUUAUUAAUACUAUCAUUUGGUCAAACAAUGAUACCCUAUAUAUAGGAAAUGAAGAUAACAACAUUAACAUAAUCGAAUUUGUUAAAAAUUCUAAUUGUAAAGUAAAAGUUUUAGAAGGUCAUGCUGGAAUUAUUCAAGGAAUAACAUUAGAUAUGAAUAACGAGUAUUUAGCAUCCCUUAGUGCUGAUCAGACACUCAAAGUAUGGAAAAAGAAAAUAGAUGGAAAAUCAUGGAAACUAGAAAAUUCGAUAAGAAAUAUAAAAGCUGAUCAACUUGAAAAAAGAUCCACAGCAUACAUCACUUAUGAUGAAUACGAGUAUGGAGAGAAGGUUGUAGACAGGAAUGAGCAAUCCUCAUAUAAAAAGGAAUGCAGGAGGGAAGUGCAAAGUUUACAUAACGAUUUUGUGGGAGAAUCCUCAAACGAAAAAUGCCGAGAAGUAGGUGAAAACCAUACUGAUAAAGAAACAGGGAAAUAUAAAGUAAUGCAAGGAACACGAAUAGAAGAUGAAGAUGAAGAAGACAAGUAUGAUGGUGAUAAUAAAAAAAAGUUCAUACAAAAAAAUGAAAAAGAAUUACGAGAAAAUGAACAACUAGACGAAGAAGAGGAAGAAGAGGAAGAAAAAAAAUUAAAAAGAUGCUUAUUUUCAAGCGAGGAAAUGCUUCCUUCCUUUUUUAGACGCAUUGAUUUUUCCCCUAAUGGAGAAUUUUUAAUAACACCAAGCGGUAUUCAAUUCGAACAAGUUGAUAAAAUUCAUGAUAAAAACAUAAAACCAGAAGAAAAUGUAAAAACAGUUAGUCACAUAAAAGCAUACAGUUGCUUUUACAUAUAUCAUAAAAACUUAUUUGUAAGGUAUAACAUUCCAUUUUUUACAGUUUUUUCACAAACUAGCCAUUUUUUAGUAGCAAAGUUUAAUUGCAAUACAUUUAAGUUAAGAACACAGAAUAAUAUUCUCAAAAGAUGCUACAAGCAUUUAUUGAAUCCACAUUCAAAUAUAAAAGACGUGACAACUGAUUCCAAUAAAAAAAGAAAAGUUUUCGAUAAAACAUUAUUUAUUAAUGAGCUAAAAAAUUGUGAUCACUUGAUCAAAUUAAAUUAUGAAAAAACAUUAUUAUUUAACGAUACCGAAGCUCCGGAUGAUGUAAGCCAAGAUGUUAGUAGCACCAUAUCCGAUAGCUAUAUCCAAUAUGAUGACAUGAAGGAUAGUUUCUUAGAUUCCCCGGGGGACUACUCCUUGUCCAACAACGUUGACAAAAAUGAAGAAGUGCAGAAGGAAAAAGAGGAAUGCGAAGAUGAGGUGGAAGAGGAGGAAGAUCGCGACGAAAAUGGAGAAAAUGACGAAAAUGGCGAAAGCGAAGAAAAUGAGGAAAAUGACGAGAAUGACGAAAAAGGCGAAAAUGGCGAAAAUGACGAGAAUGACCAAAAUGACGAGAAUGACCAAAAUGACGAGAAUGACCAAAAUGACGAGAAUGACCAAAAUGACGAGAAUGACCAAAAUGACGAAGGGGAUAACGAAACAGAGGCACAUCUUGACCAAAAAAAGGACACCAGUGGCAAAUGCAAUGACGAAAAAACAAAUGAAUUGGACAAGUGUGAAACUAAAGAGAAAAAAGAAGAAAGGUUCAUUUAUUCCUUAGGAACCUUUGAUGGAAGCGUCUAUUUUUAUGACAGUGAAAUUUUAGACACGCCAAUUAGUAUAGUUAAAAAUAUACAUCUCUGUCCAAUAACAGAUAUAUCAUGGAAUAAUUUAGGAAAUAUAUGUGCAUGCUCAAGUUCAGACGGAUAUGUCAGCUUCUAUUAUUUUGAUGAAAAUGAAUUGGGGAAUGUUAAAUCAUACAAUAAUUAUUAUUUUGAGAAAAAUUGCAACGGUUUAACAUUUGAUGAACAUUAUUUUGAAAAUACAUUUUACAAUGAAAUCGAUUUUUUUAACAAGGACCAAUUAAAUGAUUAUACAUCUAGCGAGGAUGAAUGCGAUGACAGUAAUUUGUCUUUAAACAAAGAAGAAACCAAAGUUCGAAGAAUUAAUUUAAUAGUAGGCAAUGCAGCCAAUUUUGUCUUAGAACAAAACACCAAGAAGUGA